AUGGGUAAUCCUACGAUAGUGUUCAUUGCAGAACCAAAUAAAAGUUCGAAGAUUUUAAAUAGUAAAGCAUUCAAUGACUCAUUUAAUCUGAUUUAUUAUCAAUUGAGCAGCAAAGAAGAUUUCCUCAAUUUUCUUAAUGAACAUGCGAAUAAUAAUAUUCAAGCUAUUUAUGGUGGUUAUCCUCAAUUCACACCAAUAGGCGGAUUAACAAAAUCUAUGAUUGAAGAUUCUCGUUUUCCAACCAAAACUUUAAAGUGUAUCGCAGUUUGUUCUAGAGGUUAUAAUGGUAUUGAUAUUGAUGCAUUAAAUCAGGCAGAUAUACAACUUUAUAAUUAUCAGGAUUCAAAACUUGAUCCUCCAAUGAAACUAGAUCAAGUUGGUAAUGAUGUGGCAGAUUGCGUUCUUUGGCACACAUUAGAAGGCUUUAGAAAAUUCUCCAAACAACAAAAUCAGUUACUCUCUGAUAAAGACACGCUUAUCGCAAGGGCACAGUUAGCUAACAAGCAAAAAUCAUACGCAUUUGGGCACGAGUUUGUGGCUAUUAAUUCUACAUGGAUGGCUAGAUCGCCAAGAGGUGAAAAAUGCUUGAUCUUGGGUCUUGGGUCCAUUGGCAAACAAAUUGGAUUGAAGAUUCAGUUUGGCUUAGGUAUGCAAGUUCACUACUCCAAGAGAAAGGAAAGUGUCGAGAUUAAAAAAAGUCACCACUGGAAUUAUCAUCCCCUAGACAAGUCACUAUAUGAGAAACUCAAAAUGUUCAAGCUUAUAGUCGUUGCCCUACCGGGCACAGCGGAAACAAAAGAUCUUAUCAAUGCGGACUUUUUAACUCAUUGUGACGGACCUAAUCUUGUGCUCAUAAAUAUUGGACGAGGAUCAAUUGUUAAUAUGCAUGAUGUUACCAUGGCCUUACAAAAUGGUCAACUAAGGCACUUUGGUGCAGAUGUUUUUGCGAACGAGCCCAUUGUUGAUGAUAUUUUCACAGAACAUGAUUUUUUCACCAGUAUCACUCCUCAUACAGGAAGCAGUACGCAAGAAGUUUUCUAUCAGAGUUGCGAACUGGCCCUAUCGAAGAUUACAUCUGCUUGUUUGAUACCUGAAAAUACUACCCCACAAUAA